GACUAAAUAGAUUAGUUCAAUUAACAUGGUUUUGUCGCUGAUCGCCAUUUUACUUCUAGGAAGCAUUUCUGUCGGUAAUUGUCUAUGUAAUGGAAGAAUGGAGAUGAACAUAACAUCAGGAAACGGCGAAAUAACUUCACCAAAUUAUCGGGACGAAUACGGGAGAACAGCAAAUUGCUCAUGGAAUUUCAAUCCUUCGGAAGGUUACGCCCUCGUGUUAACAAUCAAGUAUCAGAGGCUUUAUAUCCUGGGCGAUAGUAAGAAGAUAUGCUUUGGAUCUUACAGUUUUACAAUAAAUGGCGAUACACAAGAAUGUACAAAUUACGUCGAUACAAAAUAUCCCGAUUCAUUGAUAGAACCUUUUGAAUUCUUCGACUCUAUGUGCGGUGGCGACGCAGGAAACAAAUCAAGUGUUCGUGUUCAGUAUAUAUCGGACGGGCGAACAUAUACCGGCUCUGAAACAGUGAUCAGCACAGCAUCAAUGGGUUUAAGGAUUGAGUACAAGUGGUCAGAAUGUCCCACGACUGCUGUAACAACGACUGAAUAUGUCGCAACAAAUGUUUUCGGUGAUACCUCACACCACCAACAAGAAACUACCGAACCAGACAACAACUAUACUCUUAGAACCAAAAAAAUGGGUUCGCAUUUGAGCGUUGAUGCAAAAAGUACAACCGGGACACCGAUCGAAGCAACAACAAAUCCUGAUAUUAUGGGACAAACUACGAAGUCAAUUCCAAUUGAAACCGGAAGCACCGAAAAUUAUUUCACAAGUCAUUCAACUACAAACACAGCCGGAGAAACUGCUGGCGCCAAUUCAGAUGGAAUAAGCGACACAACCAAACUUGUCCUCGUUUCUAUCCCAGGAUUCAUUGGCAUUAUGAUACUUGUGGCGACUGCAAUCGUAUUCUGCAGGAAGAGAGGGGACAAAUCUCAAGAUGGUAACAAAGUCGGGCAAGAGAAUGUUGGCAGCGAUCAGAUGAAAAAUGUUGAAUCUCCAAUUCAAGAACCGGAACAAGACAAUUCUGCAGGUGACGGUUCAUCUACGAGCGUUGAUCGUGAAAUGGAAAAUGCCAAGAACACGUGCCAAGUCGCCGAGCAAGAUGAGCCGACAACUUCAGCAAUUCAAGAAGAGGAAUCUCCGUAUACAAUCAUGUAUUCUGCUCUUGCCCGAAAAGACCAAGAAGAUGAAAAGAAAACUCCAUCUAUUGAAGAAGACGAGCAUAAAUACGACAUGUAUUCUGCCGUUGUACGAAAGACUGAAGGAGGUGACAAAGUGUGAUCACCCGACACUUGCCAUGCUCUUCCAUACGAUGACGGAUUGUUUAUGGUUUAUAUAUCUGCCUUGCUGCUCCAAAUUCUCUAUAUUUAUUUUGAAAAUGAAAUUCAAACCCACAGUGAAAGUGAGAAAAUUAUUAGACACGAUGUUUGCUCAAUUAUUGUUGUCGCUGGUAGUCGUGUUCAUUUUGUAAUUGGGUUGCUUCUUCAUAAUUCUCGGACCUAUCGCAUUGAAAUCUUAUAUCCUAAAAAGCCAAUAAAUACAUAGUUUCUACGCUAUCGUCGGAACUCUUUGUUUUACCCCAAAUUUUACUGAUUUUAAAAACUUACCCCAUAACAUAAUUUUCUCCCUAUCGCUUUUUGCUAGCAUGCGCUCAAUAGAAGCGACAGCUCACGGUGUUCAGUACCAGAACCCCACUCGUUUGGUUUCAUUCAUUUCAAUGCAUUACUUUUUAGUAUUGUAUUUCUAAGUGAACUUGACAAUGUUUGAAAUAUUAAAUCAACUAGAUACGUUUCGUAUAUGUGCCGCCUAACUAUUUCUGGGUUAAUCGUCCGUCCCUCAUUUUAUUGAACUCACUGAGCAAGGCAGAUAACGAUUCUUGUAUAUUUUUAUUGUUUUCUCAGCAUUCAAAUACAUAUUAUCAAAACUAUAAUCUUAUUAUUUUACCUUUCUCUGCUUGGACUGGAAUUUUUCUCA